AUGUCGAAACAAUCGACCUCAAAACUUUCAAGAAAUCCCGCAAUUAUAAUUAAAAAAGAUCGAAAUUCUGUUAUAUUGGAAAAGAAGCAAAUUCAUACGAAUGCAGCGAAUGCUAACAAUGUCAUUUGGAAAGCAGGUGCUGAUGAUAUGGCAGGUAUUCGAGUUCGAGAGCCCCAGGGUCGACACAAACCAAGGCCACAAUCAAUGACAUUUUUUUCUGAACCUUUGCCAUUAAAAAGCCCUCAAAGACAUAGCGCAAUUGGAUUGGGGGACAAACAUCCCGUGCAAAUAUAUAAAUUUGAUAACUUUGAGAACAUUAGCAACAAUAAUAUCGAGAAAGAAAAUGCAGAAAAAGAAAAUGAUAAAUCCAGUCGAUUGAGUGGAGCAUUUAAAGUAAUCCUCAAUUCUCUUCCAGUCUCAAAUAUUAAGCGAUACUCCACACCUGUAGUUUUCCGUGGGCCAAAAUCAUUUAAUUCGUCACAAAAAAAUGGUGAACUGGCAAUUAAGGAAGGACAAUAUUAUCAAGCAAUUCAAUGUUUCACCAAAGUUUUAGAACAAUAUCCGGGUAGCUAUAAUGCUUUGUGUGAUCGAGCAUCAGCAUAUUUGAAAUUAAAAGAAUUUGAAAAAGCGUAUAAUGAUUUAGACGACGCAAUUUACCGUAAGCCUCACAAAUCACGUGGAUGGUAUUUGCGUUGCAUAAUUAGCUAUCAGAAAGAGGUUUAUGAAGCAGCAUUGAUCGAUGCCAAUAAAGCGUUAUCAAUUGAACAUGAUCAUAUUGAAGCAUUGAUUGCGCGCGCAAGUAUUUUUCUAAAAUUGAAGGAUUAUCAAAACGGUGUCAAGGAUAUGGAUAAGGUGCUAAAAAUUGCGCCUAAAAAUGGGACAGCAUAUAGAAUACGCGGUGAAAUUUUUUAUCUUGAAAAGAAUUAUCUGGCUGCGAUUCCGGAUUUAUCACAAGCAUUACUUUAUGCCCAAGAAAAUGAGGAUCAAAAUUUAAUUUAUACAAUUCGAGCUAAUUCUUAUCUAGAAUUAGAACGAUUAAAUGACGCAUUGUAUGAUCUCGACAGAUUAUUGGAAUUGAAUCAAACGAAUAUCGAUGCAUUACUUUUGCGUGCUGAUGUUCACCGUUUACAACGUAAUUUCGAUCGAGCAAUCAAUGAUCUCUUGACAGUAUCGGAUUUAGAACCAAACAAUUUGACUGCAUUGAAAAAUCGUGGUGCUAUAUAUGCACAGAUUCGAGAUUACGAUAGCGCUUUUUCGGAUUUAAAUAAACUAUUGGAAUUAGAGCCAGACGAUCCUUUUGGAUUAAGUAUUCGUGGAGAUGUAUAUCGUUUGCUUGGACACUAUGAAGAAGCAUUAGAAGAUUUAAAUAAAGCUCUACAUUUACAACCUAUGGAUCCAACAGCUGCAUUAAUGAGUCGGGCAGCCGUCUAUCGUAAAUUAGAUAAUUUCGAUGAAGCUCUUGCAGACCUUAGUAAAAUUUUACAAAAGAAUCCAAGAAAUUUCCAUGCACUUGCAAUUCGAGGUGAUGUUUAUUUCUGGAAGAAACUUUACUACGAGGCGUUAAUAGAUUUGGAUGAAGCACUCGAAAUACGUCCCAUUGAUCGCGAUGCAUUACGUAGUCGGGGAUCAGUUUAUUUUGCAAUGGGAAAAUAUAAUGAAGCACUUUUUGACUUUGAUAAUAUAUUAACUACACAUCCUAAAGAUGCUUGGACACUUUGUUUCCGUGCACAAGUCUAUGAGAAACAAGAGCGUUAUCAUGAAGCAAUCAGAGAUCUGGACGACGCUCUAGAAAUUGCACCACAUCAAUGGUUCCCUCUAGUUAUACGUGGUAGCAUAUACCGAUUAAUGAAACACUAUAAUCGCGCAUUAACCGAUUUUGACUCUGCAUUACAAAAUCACCCCAUAGACGCAUUCGGACGACGUUAUCAAACAUUAGCCUUCGCAAAUCGAGGUGCAGUAGCUCGAAUUCUCGGCCGAUUUGACCAAGCAAUGUACGAUCUGAAUCAAGCGUUACAUCUAGACCCAGAUAACUUUUUCGCAUUAAGUCAACGUGGUUCACUAAAUCGUGGCUUGGGAAAAUACAGCGAAGCGAUUUGGGAUCUUGACCGAGCAUUGGCUUUCGAUUCGAAUGAUAAAUUUACCAUUCAAGAACGACAGAAAGUUGUUCGUGCAUUAAGACAACAACCUACGCGUGUUAUUUAUGAAACUUAUAAAGGGAUGUCGGGGAUUGAAGCACAAAUUUUGGAUUCAUAA